AUGGCCGUGACUUGGAUUCACACGACCCGGGUAACUCUCGCUUGGGCUCACGAGUCGCCGGGGGUCGCCCCACCCAUGGCAGCCUUGGCCGAUGGCCGCAGAUCUAGUUGGCUGGCGACUAUAACCUUGUCCCAACCACCACCACCACCACCACCAGCAGUCCAUGGAACCGCCACCACCGCUUCCGCCACCGCUUCCACCAGCCGCCCCCGCCUCCCGGUCCACCACCAGCUCCAAAACAAGUAUCAACCGGGCCGCCUCCUCGGCCGGGGCAGCUUCGCGAAGGUCUACCAAGCCCCGUCCCUCGCCGACAACACCCACGUCGCGAUAAAAGUCAUCAACAAGGACAAGUACGCUCUCAAGUCCCCCGCCUUCGAGCCCCGGAUCCUCCGCGAGGUUGCCGCCAUGCGGCGGCUCCGGUCCCACCCCAACAUCUUCCGGAUCCACGAGGUGAUGGCGACCCGGUCCCGCAUCUACCUCGUCAUGGAGCUCGCCGCCGGCGGCGAGCUCUUCUCCCGGAUCGUCCGCCGCGGCCGGUUCGCCGAGCCGGCCGCCCGCCGCUACUUCCAGCAGCUCGUGUCGGCCCUCAACUAUCGCCACGAGAACGGCGUCGCGCACCGGGACGUCAAGCCGCAGAACCCGCUGCUGGACCACAAGGGGAAUACGAAGGUGUCGGACUUCGGCUCGUCUGCACUGCCGGAGCGGCUACGGGACGGCUUGCUACACACCGCCCGCGGGACCCCGGCUUUCGCGGCUCCCGAGGUUAUUUGCCGGCAUGGCUACGACGGUCCCAAGGCGGACGCUUGGUCUUGCGGCGUUAUCUUGUACAUGCUGCUGUGCGGCUACAUGCCCUUCGACGACAACAACCUCAUCACCAUGUACAAGAGAAUCCACAAGAGGGACUACCGGUUCCCCGAUUGGAUUGCCAAGCCGGCGAAACACAUCAUCCACCAGCUUCUCGAUCCCAAUCCCAAGACGAGAAUGAGCUUGCAAGCUUUGGCGGCCACUUCUUGGUUCAAGAAAUCGCUCCCUUUGAAGUCCCACAAUAGCUUCGCAGACAUCGAACACUUGUUAGCCGGUGAAAAGGAUUGUAGUGACUUCGAUGUCGGUCCGAGCCUAAAUGCGUUCGACCUUAUUUCCAUGUCGUCGGGUCUCGAUUUGUCCGGGCUUUUCGAGAUUGAUACUAGGAACGAGAGGAGGUUCGUGUCCAAUGCUUCCAUGGAGGUGAUAAUGGGGAAGUUGAAGGAGGUUGGUGGGAGAUUAGGGUACAGUGUGGAGAGAGGGAAGGGAAGGAGCGUUAUCUUGGGGAAAGGGAGGUUGGUUUUGGCGGUGGAAGUGGUGGAGGUUGUGGAGAAGGCGGUGUUGGUGGAGGCAAAGGUGGUGGUCGACGGUGGCGGCGAGUUUGAGGAGGCUCAUUGGGGGGACUGGAAGGUCGGGCUCGAGGACAUCGUCGUCUCAUGGCACGAGGAAGUUUCUUGAUCCGAAAUUUUAAGGACGAGAUAUGAGACGGACGAGGGCAUCGCCCAACGACCACGACGAACAACACCGGCAUGACAAUUUGUUCCAAAACAGGCGGGAGAGUUCGGAUCGAAGGAUUCAAGCAGAACGAUGCAAGAGUGCGUUGCUGUUCGUAUCGACGUGAAACCCUCGUAGUGCAAGAGAAAGGAAAGGGGAUGGGUUUGAACUAAUGCUAGAGAGGAACAUGUAUUGGUCGUGUACAUAACCCUUGGACAAAAUUUCUUGUACGGUUCUCGUUCCGAUUAGAGAUGCCAGUAUGGUGUUGUCGAUGACUUUUUGUAUAUUUUGUGGCUAUUUGGUCUAGACAAAUAGAGAUAAAAUGCCUUUCCAUAAUGCUAACCUCGAUCGAGCUCCCACCUUAUCUCUAUUUUAGAAAACAAAUUGACAUCUUCAAUUUACCAUC